AUGGCCAUCAGCAGCUUAGACUACUUCAACAUCGUCAGCCGGGUCUACCAGUGGAUCCAGGUGCUGAUCGCCUACCUCUUUGCGCCGUACACGCCGGCCAAGCAAGCCAAGCAGAAGCCGCUGGGCCACGUCGCCGUCAUCGGCGCCGGCAUCACGGGCAUCUCGACGGCCUCGCACCUCAUCGGCCAUGGCUUCGAGGUGACCAUCUUUGAGCAGGGCGACAAGGUCGGCGGCAUCUGGUCGCGCGUCAACUCGACCAGCGGCCUCCAGAUCAGCUCCAUCAUGUACCGCUUCCACCCGUUGGUCAAGUACACGCGCGGCUACCCCAAGCGUGACGAGAUCCUCGACAACACCCGGCGCAUCUGGAAAACGUACGACCUGGACCGCCGCACCCGCUUCAACACCAAGAUCGACAAGGUCACCCGCCACCACUCGUCGACGGACCCCAAGGAGGGCGGCCACGCCCGCUGGGUCAUCAACGGCAACGACGACGAGGUCUUUGACGGCCUCGUCUGCUGCACGGGCACCUGCGGCAAGCCCAAGCAGAUGGACCUGCCCAACCAGGACAAGUUCAGGGGCAAGAUUGUCCACUCGAGCCAGCUCGACGACCUCGACCUCAAGGGCAAAAAGGUCCUCAUCGUCGGCGGAGGCGCCAGCGGCAUCGAGGCGCUCGAGCUCGCCGUCGAAAACGGCGCCGACAAGCCGCUCAUCCUCGCCCGCAGCGACAAGUGGAUCAUCCCGCGCCUCACCCUCGUCAACGUGUUGCUCAGCCUGCAGCCUCUGGGCCGCGAGACGUGGCUGUCGUGGAUCCCGGAGCUGCUGCUCAAGAAGCUCCACUACCGCGACCUCGAGGAAAAGAUGGCGCCUACCCAGGGCUUCUACACCAGCACGCCCAUCGUCAACACGUCGGCCCUCUACCACAUCCGGCACGGCAAGGCCGACUACCAGCGCGGCGACGUGCUCGACCUCGACGAGAGCGGCAUCUCGUUCAACCAGCGCACGCGCGGCCAGAAGAAGGGCGACGACGGCAAAAAGGUGCACUACGACGCCGACGUCAUCGUCGUCGCCACGGGCUUUGAGAGGCCAUCGAUCGACUUCCUGCCGCAGGACCUCUUCCCGGACGACUACGUGCGCCCCAACAUGUACCUGCAGGUGUUCCCGAUCGAGGACUCCUCGGUGCUGUGCACCAACGCCACGUUCAAGGACGCCGUCGGCACCGUCGGCCACGUCCACAUCGGCAUCAUGGCGCGCACCCUGAUGCUCUUCCUCAUGGACCCGGCGUGCCGGCCCAAGCCCAAGGACAUGCGCCUCUGGGUCGACCUGAUCCACUUCAUCAAGGAGAGGGCGCCCGGCGGCCAGCUCGACUUUUUCACCUACAUGGAGCUCUGCAUCUGGCUCGUCUCGUUCCUCUUUUUCCGCUUCCAGAGGCUCAAGUACUUCUUCUUUGUCUGCUUCGGUCUCGGCUUCUGGAGCCGCGAAGGCGGAAAGGACAAGGCCGGCUUCGCUACGGGCAAACCGCGUUUCCGCCUCAGCCUGACGCGCCUCCUCGGCUUCGGGCCGACCACCGACGUGCCCCGCACCACGAAGGAGUAG